UGGGACACGGAGGAGAAGGUGGAGUUAUCCCUUUGUCCCGGGGAGCUGGUCUGACAGGAAUUGGAGCGGCAGGCGGGUGGCUCCGGGUGGCUCCGGGUGUCCCGGUCCUGCCCCGUCCCAGACCCCGAUGGAUCCGACUGCCAGGGGCUGAGGGCAGGGCAGGCCCUGGGGCAUCGAGGGGCUCUGGUGGCCUGAUCCUGGCCCGGUGAAGAUGUGCCAAGUGGGCCACCUCCAUCCCAGCAGCCACCGAAAGGUGCUGAUGAAAACAGGGCUCAUCCUCCUCAUCAUCGGCCACCUCAGCUUCAUCACCGGGGCCCUCGUCCACGGCACCGUCCUGCGCUUUGUGGUCACUGCCCGCGAUGUCACCUCCCUGCACUACGGUGUCACCAACAGCGCCUCUGCCGUGGCUGCGCUGCUGGUACCCCUGGGACACGGGGGGACGUGGGGAGGGGUAGGGAUGCAGGCCCCUCUCUGGGGUCCGCCCUGGGGAGGGAACAUCCCCGAGCUGCCUCUUCUCUCCCUCCUGCAGAAAUGGGCUCUGCUGGCUCUGAGCGCCUGCAGCAGCCUGUGCUGCCUGUGCUGCCUGCUGGGGCUGCUCGUGGCCAUCGGGCUGACCCUGGGCAACCAGGGCCGCGUGUUGCUGGCCCCCUGCUCCAUCGGCAGCAUCGCCCUCGCCCCAGUGUCCCGCGAGUGCCCCUUCGACCCCACCCGCGUCUACAGCUCCACGCUGUCCCUCUGGGCCAUCUCCCUCCUGCUGGAGGCCAUGGAGAUCUUCUUCAGCAUCCGCUGCCUCCUGCUCGCCCUGGAGCUCCUCCGCCUCGGCCGCUGCUGCCGUGGGACGCUCCGGAUGAAGGUCUCUUUGCAGGCAGCCCCUGCGGAGAGCCCUGGCCCCGGGCAGUGCCUGGGCCUGCUGAGACUGGACAGUGUGGAAAUUGCCCGGCUCUGAGCAGGGCCUGAGGGAUAAAUGACCCUGUGGAUGUGUCCUGGCCGUUCCUGCCCCAUUCCAGCCCCACGACAGGACUCUGCUGCCUCCCAGGAUGUGUGGACACAUCCCCUGAACCAUCCCACGGCCUUGGGUUGCCUGGGGCUGCAGCGAGGGAUGAAACUGGGCUGGAUUCAGACCCUGCAGGGAGGAACCUUCCCC